AGAAAUGCUCACCAGUCAGCCUUACCCUGUUAGGUGCUCCAUGAGGACUCUCACCAACCGCCGGGCUAGAGCCCAGCCAGUCAGCCAGUCAGCCACAGCCCAUGCGUCGGCCUCUGCCACACCCAAUUUACGGGUCAAUGCACGGAGUUUAAGAGUGUUGAGCGUGAUUGUGGGGAUGAUGAGUGGUUUUCCACAACCAUUCAUAAGUGGAUUAAUAAACAUGUCCGUGUAUGUGUUUACCCUAUCGACGUCGGCAUAUACCAAUUCCAACCUGGCAGCAACAUCAAACUUCUGUAUAUAUACAGACAGUUUGGUGUUUUGGAUGUAUGCAUUUGUCUAUUUUGGGACAAUCACGGGGUUAAUCGUGGGCGAGUGGCUAUGCGGGCUCAAUUUGAUUAUUGGGCCCGUAUUAGUAGCCACAGGAGCUGUUGUGUGCGCGCACUUUCCAUACCUGGGUCUCCAUGCAUUCAUGUAUCUCAUGAUUGGACUAGGUGGUGGAAUUGUUCGGGAGGCUGUUCCGAUACAUUUCAUCCAAAUCUCUCCCGAGGGCGAGAGGCAUACUUUAGACGUUUUGUUUGAUAUGUCUAAUUUAUUUGGGGGAGUUAUAGCUAAUUUAAUAAAUUUUAUUAUUUUUAUUUUUAGAUACUUUACAAAACUUUGGUGGGUAGGGUUUUAUGCUUUAGUUUGUUUUGCAUGUUUUAUUUUGUUGGCAUCAUUAAAGAUGAGGAUUAGGGGAAAUGAACCACGUAGACCCCAAAUAGGAGGUUCAGUAACUAGAGGUGUCCUAACCAAGCUGCAAAUGGCUAUAGUACCUCACUUUAUUGCUUUAGAUCUACUAGUUUUUUUCGCACCUUCUGUUUUAGAGUCUUUUGGGGUAUGGGUGGGUAAUACCUUUAUCCUAGUUUUAGUAGCUAGUAUAAUUGUAUUUUCUGCGCACCUUCUGUUUUAGAGUCUUUUGGGGUAUGGGUGGGUAAUACCUUUAUCCUAGUUUUAGUAGCUAGUAUAAUUGUAUUUUCUGCGCACCUUCUGUUUUAGAGUCUUUUGGGGUAUG